CUUGAUGAUCAGGCUGGAAAUGAUGUUGAUGCGCGGGACCAUGAUCAGAAAAACCUUGAUUCAGUCCUUGACCACCCUGACUACCUUGAGAGCCAUGACCGUCGCCAUGACCACUUUGAUGGACUUGGCUUUGGUCACCAAAGCCUUGAUGCUCCUGACCACUGUAUUGCGCUUGUCCCUGAUCGGAAAAGGUCUGAUAGUCUGGCCCCCCCUGAUAUGCUUGGCCCUGAUUUGGAUCAUGUUGGUAAUCUGAAUUG